AUGGGAGUUUGCUAGACAAAAAAAAAGUAAAACCCAAAAGUUGUCUUACUUAAUGGACAUUAAGUAGAGGAAAAAAUUAAGGCAGAUAUAUAUGCAACAUCAGAUGCUACAUUAAGAAGAUCUAACUUUUCUCAUUAAGAAAAGAAAAUCUUCGGAGAUUCCAAUUAUUCAACAACGACCGAAGGAAAUAUGGUUUCAUCUAGACAAAGAAAUCCAAUAUCGGUCUUAAAAAUCUAAAACAAUGUCUCUGGAUUGCACUCAUGCACUGCAAGUCCACUUCUUGAAACUAUGAGUGCUUCUAAAAAAUAUACUCUAAUUGGUUAGCAUUCUGCAAAUUAUGUAUGUAUAAGUCAUAUGCUUUUAGUAAAUUUCGAUUUUGCAAAAUAACAAGACAGGGAAGCUAGUGCAGAUGGAAAAUUUUUAGAAGUCUAAUCCAGAUAAUGAGAAAUACAUCUCAUGGCUAUAAAAAGUAGCUUUAGUAUAUUAUUGUAAUAAAUGCUCUCUAGGAUCAUCCCAAUAUACUCAGGAUUGUUGAAAUAUUUCAGGAUAGAAUGAAUUAUUAAGUGGUCUCUGAGCAUUUUCAUGGGAAUCAUUUGUCAGAUUUAAUUAUAGGCUAAGCCAAAGUUUCAAAAAGUUUGGUAUCUCAAAUUUAUGAAUAAAUUAUCUCUGUAAUGCAAUAUCUUCAUUCAAAAAACUUGGUUCAUGGAAACCUAACCCUUAAAUCCUUUGAGUAUAUUUAAGGUAGCAACGGAGGGUUGAUAGUAAAAUUAGUAAAUGUAAAGGGAAUCAUAAUUAGGGAAGAAAAUAAUUUGGAAAUAAUUAAAUUAUUGCCUCCAGAAUGUUUAUAUCAUCAGAAUCUCUUUACGAAAGAAAGAGAUAUUUGGAUGGUAGGAUUAUUAGGCUAUACUCUAAAGAAAGGUUAGUUGCCCUAUGACUUUUCUCAUAAUACGACACAAUCAUUUUUAAUAAGCAUAAUCAAAGAUCACAAAUUCAAUUUCUCAAAAAAGAAGGAUUUGAUCUUUAAGGAUUUCUUAGAAGCAACAUUGGCAAAGAAUCCUGAACAUCGUGUUGAUUUUGAAACUCUCUUAAAACAUCAAUUUUUAAAAAUUCAUAGAAUUAAGAAGAUCUCUCAAUAAGAAAUUCUCUUUACUAAUUUUCUUUCAAAUAAACCUUGUUGCACAAUUCAAUAAUUAUUGUUAGGAUAUUUUGGAUAGGAAUUUAAUUGGGAAGAAUAUAUUGCAAUCCAAAAACUAUUUUCAGAAGGUGAUACAAAUAUGGAUGGAUUAUUGAGUAAACAAGAACUUAUUAAACUCUUUUCGAACUAUAAAUCAACAGAGGAUGUAGAAAAUAAAAUAAACGAAAUAUUUUAAUAGUUAGAAGUUGACCCUUAAGAAGGAGGAAUAGAUUCUACAUAAUUUAUGUCCUUAGCUUUAUCCAGAUCUACUUUAUUAACCUAAUAAAAUAUUGAAACCUGCUUCUAAAUCUUCUCUUACAAUAAACAAGAAAUAUAAUUAAAGGGACUUAAAAGACAUUUGUAAUGUGAAACCGCAGACAUCAAAUCUGAGUUUUCUUAAAUAACAGAUGAUUUAAAUACUGUAAUAUUGAUAAUCUAAUUUUAGCUCAAUUGGUAAUAGUUUGAAUCGAUUAUGAGAUUACUUAUAGAAUGA